AUGGAGCCCAGGCAGGCGGACGUGUCCAUCCCACUGCAAUCCUCCGGGUGGGGGGCGGCCGCCCCCGGCCGCCGGUCCGACCCGCAGCCCCGGGACUACGUGCUCUGGUCGGUGUUCAAUGUGCUGCUGUGGUGCGCUCUGGGCGGGCUGAGCUGCUUCGGUUUCCCCCCGCUCGUCUUCUCCAUCAAGGCCCGUGACUGUAAGUCGGUGGGGGACCUGGAGGGUGCCCGGCGUCACGGCGGCCGCGCCAAGGUCGCCAACAUCAUCUGCUCCGUGGUGGUCGGCGUCACCUGGGUGAUCUUCAUCAUCAUCGUGGCCAUCUUCUUCUCUACAAUCAGGGCCACCUGAGCACCGCCUGGCCCCACCUGUGGGGUCCUCCCCUCGCUCCUCCUGCCUCCAAAAUGUGCCCGUCCGGGGCGUGGGAGCGAAGGGAGAGACCCCGGUCCCCUCGCUGCCAGCAUCGCCGGUGUCCCCGCACGGACGGGGCGGCCAGGCCGGGGCGCGGGGGACGGCCCCAUCCCCGCCCUUUGCUCUGCUCACGCACUUCGCGGCACCCGUGACACACCUGUCGGUCACCGCUGCCACCGAUAAAGUUCGUCCCGACAAAUCCCCUCGUUGUCACCUCAUAGACCGCGGGACGUCGCAGAGAGUCCUCGGGCAUCUUUGUGGCUUUCUCCUCCUCCUCCUCCUCCUCAUGCUCUUCCCACUACCUCUAUCCUGCCGCGAAGGUUCCAGCCCAAAGCCCAGGGAAGUUGCUUCCCAACAUCUUGGAUGUUAUAGAUAUAUAUUAUAUUAGCUUUUCGCAAAUAUUAAAUUGAAUUUUAUAAAUGUAAUGUUAAAGUAACUUUGUUAUAAAGAUACAGUUUUUAUUUCUGUUUUUAAUUAAGCUUAGACACAGUAGUAAAAUAGCUAAUAUGAGUGUUCUUGUGUUAAAAUGCCUGCCUAGAUGAGAUAACACCCAAUAAACAUAUAAAAAAACGAACUGCUUACAGAUAUACCAACUAUCAACGCUCACCAUCCUCGGACAGAGCCAAAACUAAAAGUAAUAAUAAAAAACCCCAAAACCACAACGAAAAAAUACACAUGCUCUAAAAAAGUAAAACCAAAAAAGAGUCAUACUAAACAAUUCUUAAAAUACGUAAACUAGUUUAAGAAAAACGUUUACCAUACAUAAGAGUCUAUAAAUAUGAUAAAAGGAAAAAAGUGUUUAAGAAGUAUCUCCGAAGAUAAGCGUGCUCUUUAAGCACCCAGACACACCCAGCUGUAAUCUUAACUCUGUGUUCCUUAUCUCCUAUUAUCCUUCAUUAAACUUUAUAAGUUUUCA